AUGGUCGCUGCGAGGUCACAGAUUGUGGCUACCAUAACGUUCAUGGAACCUGUUUUAUCCAAUUCUCUUGCACAAGUUUACAAUAACAAGGCUUAUGACAAAGAAUUUAACGAUGAGACAACAAGUCAGCUGGAAGAAACACUAAAAGAUGUUUGGGGUCCAUUUUUCGUAAUGAAUGCACCGUUCCGAGCAAAAAUAUCUCCAAUUGACGCCAUUGGUAUUCCGCUAAUGACAUCUGGUCGAAUAUUUGCUGUGUAUGAUUAUCACGAACCUGAUCCCAACAAAGUUUAUCCAUAUCAUGAAGAAGUAAAUACGCAUGGUCUAUCUACAAACUAUGAUUAUCGUGCAAGAUUAGUAACAGAUGAAGAUGGACGAUAUCAAUUUGAAACUGUUGAACCUGUGCCGUAUUUCGAUACAGAUGAUUCAACUUGGAGAUAUCCACAUAUUCAUUACUAUGUACAAUCACAUGGAUAUAAACCAUUGGUGACACAGCUCUACUUUCAUGGCGAAGAAAAAAAUGAUAUCGAUAUACAUAUCGAUCAGCAAACAACAAUAACAUUAAAGCAAAUUACAAGCACUAGAAGUGUUAAUUCCAAAUUCGAUUAUUUUAUUGGUAUAUUUGAUUUAGUGCUUGAAUCUUGCUUCGACUAA